GAUUUCGUUUUACAGUAAAAGCGUAUAUGUAUAUGUAAAUAAGUAGUGUAAUAAUGACGCUAAGUUGAAAGGAAUAUCAAAAAUGGACUCUUCCUCUCUUGCACCGUAGCUCAAAUAUAUAGAAAUGACUGCAUUUGCUCUAGUGAAAUAUUUAAAGAACUGCUUUAAAUUAGUAAAUUCGCCAAAUUUGUAAAUACGGUACGUGAAAAUAGUAAAAAAUGUAUGCUGCAGCUGGUGGCGCUUCGCUGGCUUCACGCCAGGCACGUCAACGGCAGCGUCAACAGAAGAAAACUCAGCAAUUGCAAGCAAAACUACAUCCACCGAAAUUGUCAGCACUAUCAGGUAGUGAACAUGGCGCUUCAACACCAACGCGCACCCAAUCACGUCAGUUCCACCAGCUGCCGACCAACUAUCUGCGCACGCCACAAACACAGAGUAGGAAAUUAAGUGCGAGCUAUACAACACAAUCGAAGCUUCUACUGCCUAUCGAUGAAGGUGAUAAUCAGUCGGUGCUACAAAUGCGCGUACAGUAUGUACAUACUCAAAUGCACCAUUCUCAUAGCCAUGCUCAUCCUAUUCAAGCACAUCCACAUCCUCACUAUCAGUUCGCGCAUCAGCAGCAUCAUUCUCAUGGAGGCAUUUUACCGAAGUUGGUUCACCGGCAUUCAGGCAGUGGUGCUAGUAGCUUUCAUCAAAGAAAGCUCCCAAAGUCGGCUACAGCGACACUACCACUUGUCUCACAAAUGGAAGCUACGCCACCUACGACGCCAUUGGCUGCGGCCGAAGGUACAAUUACCACCUCAGAAAAGGUGGGAACUAUACCUGUAGAUAAAACUUCCAUUAAUGUAUCUCACCAUGAUGCAAUCAUUGUGACACCGGCCACGCCGAUGCCCUCGCCAGGGCACGUAAGUAAACCUGAACAUCAACAACCUAAAGAACUGUCCAAACCGUUUAGUAAGAUUGAGAGUAGUAAUAUAUCAGGAGGAAUCAUUAACGAUGAAGAGCACAUGAAAGAACCACCGACUGCUCCAUUAGAACGCAAGUGCAGUGUAUAUCGUAUGCGACGAAAUGACCCUUAUGAAUAUCAGGACACAAACUUAGUUGGCGGUGUGGGCAGCAGCGUUAGGCGGCAGCUGAAGGAUCUGCAAUUUAAUCAACAACAACAAUACGAACCAUUGCUCAGCAACGAGUCUCAUCUUUGUUAUAAAGGGCUAACAAAUACACGUAAAUGGCAAGUGUGUGCCUACUGUGAGGAAGGAAUUUGCGUCUGUGAACAUAUCGAGUGUACACGAGGCCGCGCUGCAUGGCUGGAAAGAGGGCGACGUUGCAGCGUUCAAGAAGCGCAACAACAGGCGGCCUGUCAUCGCCGCUGGGUGAAACGUAAUCGAGUUCAGGAUGCAUCAUUAGGCGGCUCUUCUGACGAUGAAGAUCUCUUGGGUGUAUUACGAGGUCCUAGUACAUUUGCCAAUACUUUUCUUUAUGUCGGUCUUGGGACUAUAGCUUUGGGUUUGGUAAUAGCAUUUGUAGGUACAGGUGAAAAAGGAUUUAAAACAGUAGAACUUAGACUCAUUGGACCAUCGUUAAUUGGACUAGGAUUCGUUUGUUGUAUGCUGCGAAUACUAUUUUGUAUAUGCCCUUCUCAUUGCAUUUCAACGAAUAAAAAAACUCUUAAGAAAGAUUGCAACAAAAAUGAUGCCGAUUAUACUACUUCACUACUCCGUGGAGAGGGCAAACGUGUUUCAAUAGCCCGACGACCGACAUUACAGCCAAAAUACCCAAUUACACACAAACGUGGCAGUAAUAAAAUACUGAAUGAAGGAAUGGAAGCACUGAGACAAAUCGCGACAACAUCACUUUUUAUGCAGAAUGAACAAAAGGCACCAUUAAAUAGGAUAGUUCCAAUAAUCAAAGAGCCGGAAAAUAUAGGAGAGUCCACUCGCAAAAAAUCGGAGUUUUUAAGAAGAGAUGAGCUAGAGCAACCGAGACGUGUACAAAAUACCGAGUCAAACAGCAAAGUUAAUUGCAAUGACGGAAAUAUUUCAAGUGUAGAAAGUAUGAUAAAUGUAACUGCCAUCAAUGCAAACGCAACAUCAGUUGAAGAAUUCCCAAAUGUAUCUUCAAUAAAAACUUUAAGCGAAAACUCUAUCGAAAUGCCAGAAGUAUCAUUAGAUCAGCAAUUAGCUUCUUUUUCAACAAUGCUAACCUCAGAACCUAUAAGCUGGAGUUCUACUAACAAAUUGUCACGACAGCGUAUUGCACUGAACAAUAAAUUGAUACCGGAAGUACAAUCACAUGCUCCCAUUGCCCCUAAUUAUACUAAGGACACCGACUUUCUAAUGGAAACUUCUUUGUCGAUCAAGCCAACAACAACAGCUAGCGAAAUAACACCUGCUCUAAUACAUAGCACUAGCUCUUCUACUUCGAAUAACACAUACAAUUAUUCUGGACUUACGGAUAAUGCUAGUACUGUAGGAGUACAUAAAACAUCUACAACGGCUACAGCAACAAUAACGCCUGCAUCAAUAGGGUCUGAACAGAAAUUAGAAGAGGAAAAUAUAUAUUCGAAUUUCGAAACAGGAACGAACACUGCAUCAAACGUUUCCACAAUUAUGUCACCAUGUGCAAUACUUUCAAAUCGUCAUACAUCUGUUUCCAAUUCUCCUAUAACUACAAAUAUGUGCUCAAGGUCACAGUCGGUUUUUCUUCCAGGACAAAUUGAAGAUAAUAUCACAACUAUUGCGGAGCCAGUAGUGAGUCAACCAGAGCCAAACAAUUUGCAUUUAUCAACAUCGGGUUUUUCUAACCCCAGCUUUAUAUUCCCUUCUCCUUUGUUAUCAUCAUCCGACAGUGAAUCAGAUGGCUCGUCUGCUUUAUCACCCUCACAGGCCACAGUAAUACAGAAAAUUUGGGCCAGACCGGAUCAAUUACCUGAUGCCAGUACUUCUACAAACGCAAUUAUAUCGCAUGAUAAUAAAUAUGUCAUGCAACAAAAUCAUCCAUUAAGUAUAAUUGAACCGGAACUUUUAUUAAGUCCAGCAAAGCUUGGCCAAUAGACAACACAUAGCACGUUCCAAUAAUGUAGGCUUGCUUCGGUUAAAGCUGUCUUUGUAUACAUACCUAUCUUUAUACAUCUUUAUUGCGCAAUUAAACAUAAUCGUUAGCGUUAUAAAUAUAAAUAUAUGUGAUAGCUUAGCUGAAUCCCAAUUUUUCUUUAAAGUUUAGUUAAGCUUAAAAUCAGCUGGUAGUUUUUAUUAAAAUGUCCAACUCAUAAACAAUGUCAUCAUUUGCAGAACAUUUAAAUGCAGAGUGUGAAUAAAUGAAAUACGAAUAUAUA